AUGCGAAACGGUGGUCAGCCACAGCAGACGGCGGUAAUGACGCCGCCGCAUUUGAACGGUUCCGCGCAAUUCGUUUCCGGCGGUUACGUCGGCUACGUACCGCGCCAGUCCUGGGGGCAGUUUCAAGGACCCCAACAUCCCAGGAAUACGGCCAGACCUCUGUCACAUCCACCGCCGCCACCCUCCAGAAGGGAAAGCCAAAGACCCUCUGGCAACGGAUCCGCCAACCCUAAGAGUACGUCUCUUCCGCAUUGCAAACCUGGAACGCACAGGAGUACCACACCUUCGGUAGUGUCAGAUGGUUUACAUUCGACUGGUUUUAGUUACCGUGAACCGAUCGGUCACGGCGAGAAUAAAUGUAGAAGACAAGCAGCAGAGAAAGAGAAAGGCAUGGAAGCGAAGCAUGAAUCUUCUUAUGCGCUGCGGAAGGUGGACCCCGAGCUGAUAUUCACGAAACAAGAACGAAUUGGGAAGGGUAGUUUCGGUGAGGUGUUCAAAGGCAUCGACAAUAGGACCCAGCAGGUUGUUGCCAUCAAGAUCAUCGAUCUCGAAGAGGCAGAGGAUGAGAUCGAAGAUAUACAGCAGGAGAUCAUGGUGCUGUCACAAUGUGACAGUCCAUACGUCACCAAGUAUUACGGGUCCUAUCUCAAGGGAACGAAACUAUGGAUUAUUAUGGAGUACUUGGGUGGCGGCUCGGCCCUGGACUUGAUGAAGGCCGGUAACUUCGAGGAAAUGCAUAUCGCGGUGAUAUUGCGUGAAGUGCUCAAAGGGCUGGACUAUCUUCACAGCGAACGGAAGCUUCACCGCGAUAUUAAAGCUGCAAACGUUUUGUUAAGCGAAAUGGGCGACGUGAAACUGGCCGACUUUGGUGUAGCUGGACAGUUGACCAAUACGACCAGCAAACGUAACACUUUCGUCGGAACGCCAUUCUGGAUGGCACCGGAAGUCAUCAAGCAGGCUUCGUACGAUUCGAAGGCUGACAUUUGGUCGCUGGGCAUCACGGCGAUCGAAUUGGCCAAAGGAGAACCUCCAAACAGCGAGCUGCAUCCUAUGAGGGUCCUAUUUCUCAUACCGAAGAACAAUCCGCCCCAAUUAACCGGAAAUUAUACGAAGCAAUUCAAGGAAUUCGUCGAGGCCUGUCUCAACAAGGACCCUGAAAACAGGCCAACGGCGAAAGAACUACUAAAGUUCCAGUUCAUCAGGAAGGCGAAGAAAAACUCGUACCUGAUCGACCUCAUAGACAGAUACAAAAAGUGGAAGUCGCAGCGCAGCGAGGAAUCGGAAACGGAGAGCGAAAAUUCGGACUCGGAGGAGUCGAAACAGGAUAGCGACAUGGACGAGCCAUGGAUAAUGACCGUGAAAGGCCCUCACGGGGUGAAAGGAUCCGUGGUGCCUAUGCUACCGCUCGACGAACAGCCAACCUCGUUGACCAUCACACACACGCCGAAUCACAGAUCCACGAAUCACAAUCAGCAAACGAAGCCACACGCGAACGGUGCCUCGAGAUCUCCACCGAAAGAUUCCACGUUGAAUCAUUACAGAAGCGAGUCAAGGGAUUCUGUACGCGAUGGCCAAGCGAAACACACACCGUCCCGACCGCACGAGGCUGCGCCACCGCCGCCCGUGGACACGCGAGAAAAACGAGAAGACCGAGAUUACAGGGACUUCAAUCGGGAUUCCUCGUUGAGGGAAUUGAAGGAGAUACGUGACAGCAGAGACAGCAGGGAUAGGGAACGUGAUAGAGAAGGACGAGAAAGAGAAAGGGACAGAGAUAGGGACAGAGACAGGGAAAGGGAAUUCAGCGCGAAAGAGAAGAGGAACAGUAAACCGGAUGUACCUGUCGUACCUAUGGUGGACCAUAGGCCCGGUGAAGACAAACAGAGACCAAGGAGCUCGCAGGAACUGAAGCAUCCACGAAGCGCGGCUCUUUCCGGUGUUGUUUUACCUCUCCUUUCCGAGCUUCAACGGAAACAUCAAUAUUCGGCAAGAGACAAUAAUGGCGAGGGCGGAAGCGGCAUUGGCAAGAACGGUGGCGCGAUAGAGGAACUACGUAGCGCGUUCGAGACAGCGGAACGCACUUCGCCAGGAAUGACCGAGGCUCUUAUCAGGGAACUCUUUAAGUCUUUACUUCCUGCCAAUCAUUCGGAGGGUUGUCUGUUUAUGCUGAUGGAAAAAGUAAUUCUAAGGUAA